GAAAAUCACAACUCACUCUGAUUCAAAGCAAAAGCUUCCAGCAAAGUUCAUUACUAAUGGCUCUGAUUCCAAGCAUUUUCGGUGGUCGCCGGAGCAACGUUUUCGACCCCUUCUCUCUGGACAUAUGGGAUCCCUUUGAGGGCUGUCCAUUCUCCAGCGCUCUCACCUCAUUCCCUUCCUCCGCACGGGAUGCCUCUGCAUUCGCAAACGCCAGGAUUGACUGGAAAGAGACGCCGGAAGCUCAUGUUUUUAAGGCGGACCUUCCUGGGUUGAAGAAGGAAGAAGUGAAGGUAGAGGUAGAAGAAGGUAGGGUGCUGCAGAUCAGUGGAGAGAGGAGCAGUGAGCAGGAAGAGAAGAAUGAUAAGUGGCAUAGAGUAGAAAGGAGUAGUGGGAAGUUCCUAAGGAGGUUCAGGUUGCCGGAGAAUGCAAAGAUGGAUCAGGUCAGUGCUAGUAUGGAGAGCGGCGUGCUCACGGUGACCGUGCCAAAGGUGGAAGAGAAGAAGCCUGAAGUCAAGGCUAUUGAGAUUUCCGGCUAAAUUCAAUCUCUCUCGUUCUGUCCUUUGGGGAAAAUAGCAGAUAUGUGGAAAUGCAUUUGUGUGCAAUGAAAAUAGCAGAUACUGAAAAUUUGUAGGUUGGUAUGCAAUAAAAAUUUGGAAUGUAGAAAUGUGUUAUUGAUAUAUAAAUAAAAAAUAUGUUUUUUU